AUGCCUCCCACUCCGAUCCCAAUGCCUGCUCGGGGCGCGCAUACAGCGCCCAAAUUCGACUCCACCAAGCCGGAAGAGCUCCGUCGUUACUUCGCAGACGUCGAGUACUUGAUGGGGCUAGCAAACAUUGUUACCACUGAGGAUAAGAAGAAAGCAUGCUCACGUUACCUCUCCGUCCAAGACCAGGAGCUCGUCGAAGGACUUGAUGAGUUCAAAGACGCCACUAAGACGUAUGAUGAGUUUAAGAAGGCCGCGCUCUCGCACUACGCGGGAAACGAUGAGGAGCACUUGUAUACGCUCAAAGAUUGGGACGCUCACCUUGGUAGCACGGCCCGUGUCGGCAUCCACUCCGAGAAUGAGCUGGCUGCGUUCUUCCGAACCUUCGUUUGCAUCGCCAAAUUUCUCAUUUCGAAGAAACGGCUUUCCGAGACUGAACAGAGCCACGCAUUCUUGCGUGCUCUCCAGCCCGCCUCGCUUCAAGCGGCUGUGAAGCAACGACUUCAGAUCAUCCGCCCGAACGUCCACGCGGACGACCCGUAUGCGCUCGCCGACCUGUACGAUGCGGCCAAGUUCUGCCUUGCCGGCUCGCCGUCCCUGCUGUUGAACUCGGUGCCAACCCCGAGCCCCGCCGAACCUGUGGUCAAGACGGACCCAGAGCUAAAGGCGGUGCUCACCUCUAUAAGUCAGCUUGUUGCCGUGCUCGCCAGUCAAGCACGCACCAAUGCUGCCCCCAGCCAAUCCCCCCAGACACCCAGCAACGCCAACCCCUCCGCGAAUCCCGGCCGCUCCUCCGGACAGCGCCACCCCGGCUGCAGCUAUUGCCUCGACCUCACCCACUUCAUGCGCGAGUGCCAGAAGUUGAUUGAAGAUAUAAAAGCUGGAUUAGUCCGACGAAACGAAGAAAACAAGCUGGUCUUACCCGAUGGAAGAUACCCUUCCCGGGCUCUUGCAGGCCAGUGCCACCGCGAACGAAUCCUCGCUUGGCACGAGCAGAACCCUGGCCAGAAACUGACGCCCCAGCUGAUCGUCGACGUUGUAAAGAAACCCGCUACCCCCACGCCAGUUCCCGCGGUCGACUCCUUCGUCUUGAGCGACGAGCAACGGCUCGAAGCGAUUGCCGUCGAGCAGCAGAUGCUGCGAACGCGAAUGGCGGCGAGGAAGGAAGCUGAGGCGAGAAAGAAGGGGGCAGAAGCAAAGGAGACGCCUGACUCGGCGGAGAUCAGCGAUCACCGCCCGAAGGCCGAUCAGCGAUCUGCUCCCGCUGCCACGUCAAACCCCGAUUCUCCUCCUACUCCCACCUCCUCGUCUCACGAAGCCCCGGCCCCGGCCCACGACCACGCGACAGCUGACGCACCAGCCGCCCCUGACCUCACACCACCUCCGGGACCCUUCCCCGAACACCCCUAUGCCGCCGCUCGUGACGCUGCUUACGCGCCGCCAAAAGAGCGCAAUCUUGGCGCUCCUCACAAGCCACCCGUCCGCCCUCCGAUUCACGACCCGCGGAACGCGCAAGACGUGUUCAACGCGGUGCUAGACGCCGAUGUGACCGUCAAGGCGCGCAAGCUACUCGCCAGCCCGGAAGUCUCGGCGCUGGCCCGCCAAUCGUUUACGCCACGCCGACCAGCAGACAAACCCGCCGAACAGCUCUUCAACAGUGAAGACGCGCUCCCUGCACUUACUGGUUUCGACUUCGACCCCACAAACGACCACGCUGCGGCCCGCGCAGCCGCAAUCCGCGAUUCGCUGCCCGAUGCAGUCUCCACUGCGGCCGCAACCCACAACGCGAAUGGCAUCUUUGUGCCGGACGCGUUCGUGGCACUGUAUGACCAAGGCCGCCUACCUGAAGGCCUCAUCACUUCCGCCGAAAACCACCGUCAUACGCUGCAUCCUCCCCAUCGUCGACAACCAAGAAUGCAGUCGGCCAACGGAGCGAUUACCCCGUCGCUUGGUGUCGCUCGGAACGUCGCGUUCACCUUACGCGACAUCGUGUUAUACCUCCAGGUCCAUAUUGUCCGAAACCCGGCCUACGACGUCCUGCUCGGGCGUCCUUUUGAUGUUCUCACGCAGUCUGUGGUCCACAACUACAGCAACAACGACCAGACCAUCACGAUCCGCGACCCCAACACCGGCCGAACCGCGACUGUCCCGACCAUCCCGCGUGGCUCAUCUCGAGUGACGAAGGAGGGUUUUCUCAAGCUCAAGUCUUCACGUAUGAAGCACUGA